AUGGUUCGUCUUACUGUUCUUGCAGGAUUCCUUUUGACCUCAGCAGCAUGCUCUGCUUGCGUGAUUGGCGAGCGCCAGGCGGCUGCGAGCAUCAACAAUGCCUUCAAAGCCAAAGGCAAGAAGUAUUUUGGCACCUGUGGUGACCAGGGCACGCUGUCCGACUCGACCAACUCGGCCAUCGUCAAGGCCGAUUUUGGACAGCUCACCCCGGAAAACAGCAUGAAGUGGGAUGCGACUGAGCCGAAUCGCGGUCAGUUCAGCUUUGGUGGUGCUGAUUACUUGGUUAACUACGCCACAUCGAACGGCAAGAUGAUCCGUGGUCACACUCUAGUGUGGCAUUCCCAGCUUCCGGGAUGGGUCCAGGGCAUCACGGACAAGAAUACGUUGACCUCGGUCUUGAAGAACCACAUCACCACCGUCAUGCAGCGCUACAAAGGCAAGAUCUAUGCAUGGGACGUGGUGAAUGAGAUCUUCAACGAGGAUGGCUCCUUGCGAAAGAGUGUGUUCUACAACGUCCUCGGCGAGGACUUUGUCCGCAUUGCCUUUGAGACCGCCCGGUCGGUUGAUCCCCAGGCUAAGCUCUAUAUCAAUGAUUACAACCUCGAUAAUGCCAACUACGCAAAGACCAAGGGAAUGGCCGAUCAUGUCCGCAAGUGGAUCUCACAGGGUAUUCCAAUUGACGGAAUCGGUGAGGAACGCCAGUAUAUACUUAAUCUUGACAUUGCUGGUGCCAGCUCUACUGACUACGUGAACGUUGUGAACGCCUGCCUGAGUGUCUCCAAAUGUGUUGGAAUUACUGUCUGGGGCGUUUCUGAUAAGUACUCCUGGCGCUCGAACGACAAGCCUUUGUUGUUUGAUAGCAACUUCCAGCCCAAGGCUGCUUACAACGCAAUUAUCUCCGCCUUAUAA